GUUGUAUGCCAGGAGGAUACACAUACGUACCCUAGUAACCUUUUUUUUUUUAAAUACAGUAUCCGGUUGUCGUGUUUUGGAAUUCUUUAGGAAAAGUAAUUUGAGAGGAUCAAAAUCUCGACCUCUAUUUGCUUUAUUCUCAAGCGGAUUUAGAGGUGUGAUUUCUCAUCGAAUUAUCUCAUCACCGGAAGACGUAUCCUUGUUAUGGGUGACAGCCUCGAAAUGAAUCAUAAGAACACAGUAGGGGUAAAUAUUAGUCGACGUGUAACAGUGGGCAACGAAACGAAUAUCACCUCCGAUGUGAAGAGGGUAGAAUAUAUUUAUCUUUUCUGAUGACAAUUCGUGAAAAAUAUGUAACAUGAAGUCCUUGGAUUGCUACAAACAGGUGCUGAAAAAUGGCGAACAUAGUAACUUGUCUGUAGAAAAUAUCAACGCUGAACUGGUGGAUCGAAAUUGGUCUGGAAUCGUUUUUCUGAUCAUUCUUUUAGUAAUCGGGGUCUUUGGAAAUGUGAUCGUUUUACUCACAUACGGACUUAAGUUCAAAAGAGGAACCAACUACCGAUUUUAUGUCCUUUUUCUCGCCAUGCUGGACACGGGAAAUUGUAUCAUAGGAAUACCAUGGUGCCUGGUAUACCUCUUGCAUCCCAUUACCUUCCCUUCCGAUAUACUGUGUCGCGGAGGGCUGUUUGUGAGUUUCGUUUUGUCUGUGACUGGGGCCGGUGGGUUGGUGCUCAUUGCGUUUGAUAGAUACCGGAAAAUAUGCCGUCCUUUGAAGAAGCAGAUUAACGUUAAGCAUGCAAAGUAUAGCGCGUUCGUAAUAAUACUGGUAUCUAUACUCUCGACGUGGUUUACACCUUUCCUGUAUGAAGUCAACGAACUGCCACUUUCCUCCAGCACAGAGAAAGGAUACAAAUGUUACCUAGCAACAGAUCCCACAGCGAACUCCGUUUCUAAGGGAUUUUACUUCAUACUUGCCGUUGUUUUCCUGACUGACAAUUUAACGAUUCUAUAUUAUUUCAUAAUGAGGAAAGUGCAGUAUCACUCUAAAAGUUUUCGCAAUCGCUCGGACAAAUCUAACACCAGUUCCAUAGGUCGACGAUUAUCAAAUUUACAUACACGAAAAACGACCUUGACCUUCUUUAUGAUUACCGCCGUCUAUAUUUUGACUACCAUGCCACACAUUAUCGGUGGUCUUGUGUUUCAUUUUGACGAGUAUUUAGAAUGCAGAUUGAAUUUCACGGUCUACAACUUAUUUAACUUCUUUUAUUGGACCGUCUACCUCAAUAAUGUUGCCAAUCCAUUCAUUUAUGGCCUCUCUGACGAGAGGUUCCGAAAUAUAUUGAUCUACGCCGUUCUUUCACGAUUAAAGAGCGAGAAAAAGAGGCCGUCCUUGGUGUCAUUCUCGGUUUCAAUUGACCACAAUGUCCCCACAAAGAACAUCGAAAAUGUGAACGAAAAUGACGAUGCUGCCAAUGUAGCGUCUGCGGAGUUCGCAAACAAGGUGAACGGAAGUGACGAUGCAGUCAGUGUUGUGUCUGCAGAGUUUACAAACAAGGUGAACGGAAGUGACGAUGCAGUCAGUGUUGUGUCUGCAGAGUUUACAAACAAGGUGAACGAAAGUGAAAUUAAGAAUUUCAGUGAAACAAUAGAAGCAGACAGCAAUAUAAACCAUGGAUCUAAGUAAUAUACCUGUACAUAGUUUUAAGCUUUUUAUACGCCCGUAAAAGACGGACGUAUAUAUGGUAUGGCGUCAUCCGCAUGUCCGUCCGUCCGGCCCUUGUAGGCAAAACGAACCGUAAGCUCUAGGAUCUUACAACUUGGUGCAUUUGAUGACCAUGAUGAGAGGGACGAUGUCUAUUGUCUUUUAAAAGUCUCUUGGGGAUCCGGGUUAGAAUAGGUCCUCAGUACCCCUUGCUUGUUGUAAGAGGCGACUAAAUGGGGCGGUCCUUCGGAUGAGACCGCAAAAAUCGAGGUCCCGUUUCACAGCAGGUGUGGCACGAUAAAGACCCCUCCCUCCUCAAAGGCCGUAAGCGCCUUUGCAGCUCUUCACUGGCAAUGGUGACGUCUCCAUAUGAGUGAAAGAUUCUCGAGAGAGACAUUAAACAAUAUUUAAUCAAUCAAUAUUGUCUUUCAAGGUCAAAGGUUGAGGUUGUAAUAUCAGUUACUAGGAAAACCUUGUUGGCAGAAUGCAGACCAAACUAAUUGGGGCUAGGACCGUCAAACUUGGUACACAUAUUCUUCAUGCCUAGUGAAUGAUGCCUUUUGUUCUUCAAGGCCAAAGGUUAAGGUCAUAGUAUCACUUAGUAUUAAAAUCUUGUAGAAAGGAUACAGACCGAACUGUUAGGUCUAGGACCGUCACACGUGGAACACAUACACCUAAUGCCAAGCGGGGGAUAUCUAUUAUUUUUUAAGGCUAAAGGUCAUGGUCGUAGUGUCAGUUAAUAGGAAAACAUUGUAGGCAGAAUACAGACCGAAUAUUGGGUCUAGGACCAUCAAAUCCUCAUUCUAAGUGAAUGGUGCCUUUUGUUCUUCAAGGUCUAGAACCGUGAAACGGGGUACACAUGUAACGUAUGCCAAACGGAGGAUAUCUAUUGUUUCUCAAGAUCAAAGGUCAAGGUCGUAGUAUCACGUAGUAGAAAAGCUUUGUUUUCGUUAUCGGUACAGAUAUUGUCCUGAAAUUUAGUAAAUAAAUUCAUUAUGCAUUUCAACUGGAUUGGUACACCAUGACCUACUUUAGGGGUUAAAGUAGGUCAAGCAGUUUUCCAGGGUUUUUUUCAUUAAGAAUACAGGUAUUGCCCUGAAACUUUGUCAUAAUCUUCCUCUCAGAGAAAUACAUAAUUAGUUCACAGUUCAACUUGAUUGGUGUACCAUGCCUACUUUAGGGCUAAGAGUAGGUAAAAUGGUUUUCUGGACUUGUUCUCAACAUGGAUAUACAGAUAUUGCACUGAAAGUCUAACGAGUGUAUGUUGUACCGUUUGCGGUUACAUGUAACUUAUGAAAGAAAAGCUUGAAAAUCUUUUAUGUGUCAAGUUUGGCGACGAAAACAUAUUGUACAUAAACGUUUUCUCAUUGAUUUGAAAUUCUUGUUAUAAUUGAGCGAUCGAAUUUGAUUGUACAGUACUAGGUCUAUAUGCCCAUAAUCUUUAUUGCAACGAUUGUAUGUGUAUGAUAAUGAACUCGUUACCAACUAGUUCCAAAUAUCUGACGUUUUCCCUGCUUUUUUAUGAUUUUGAUAUUCACUGUGCCAGUUACCAACAUGUGAUAUGCAUAUUGAGAAAUUUAGCUGAAAGUCUUUUAGUUAUUUUUAAUAGGAAAACAUUGUAGGCAGAAUACAGACCGAAUAUUGGGUCUAGGACCAUCAAAUCCUCUUAUUUUCAAGCUUUAUCAAUCGAUUGUAUAUCUGCUGAUUUUUCACAUUUUCGACGUAUUCUUUAGAUGCACCUCACACUUUUCAAUGAAAUCUGAUAUAAAUGACGUCAGAGAGACCAUGAAAAAGGGACACGGAGUAAUUUCCUUCAUAUGAUUUACUUGUGAACAAAUCUUUUAAAAAGGUCACGACACUUAUAUGUUGUGAAUCCAUGAUUGUUUCAUAGAUUAAAUCAAUUCAUAAUUUU